AGAGUUCGCUGAGUAAGUCGUCUGUUCAUGCGUGGAGAUCUCGAAGCCGUGAUCGAAAUUUGCAGAAUUUGGCAUCAAUUAGUGUUGUUUUCUUGUUCAAUAUGGAUGGAAUUGUUUGGAAUUAAAAUUUCGAACAUUAAUGACUUGUCUCAUGCUCGGGAGAGUAUAGUGCACACCUUACCUAGCGCCUAGCCCAACCCGUAUCUUCGGGCACGGGCGCAAUCUCCCGACCCGGGCGUGGAGCCUAGGCCCUAGGCCAGAGCUGCGGGGGCACCUGGCCACAACGGCCUAGUGAAGAAGUGCAUUGCAGUCGGAUGAUCGAUUCUUCGAUGAGCUGGUCGCAGUCAACAUGGAAGGGAAGCGAAAUCAUCACGGCGUCACCAUUCAAAAUGAUGUUGCGGUCCAAGGGACCAAUGACAGCAGCAUUGUUAGCAAGUGUUCUGUAGCUUCAUUGGGAUACUUUAAAGAUACAUACCUUCAUCAUUUUGUGUCAAAGACGUCAAGGAGAGCACCACUGAUUAACAGAGGAUACUAUAUCAGAGCCAGAGCUAUUGAUGAUGUCCUAAAGGCAUUCCUUAAGAUGUUUGGAGAUUCUACAAAUCAGAUCAUCUCACUUGGGGCUGGAUUUGACUCAACAUACUUCAGACUACAAGCUAAUGGCUCUUUGGACAACACUGUUUUCUAUGAAGUUGAUUUUCCUCAACUGGUGAAAAGAAAAACUGCUUUGAUAAGAAAAAAGAGUGAACUGACUGAAUUGCUUCUUAACCCAAUCUAUCAUUCACUGCUAGAUUCCUCUGGUGUGUAUAUAUCAUCUGAGAAGUACCAUCUACUUGGGGUUGACCUGAAGCAUCUGGAUACUUUAGAGAGAGUCUUCAAGGACAUUGGUGUUGACUCAGUAUUGCCAACCCUGCUUCUCUCUGAGUGUGUCAUUACAUACAUUGAUACUCACAGUUCAGAUGCUCUUAUAAAGUGGGCUGGAGGCUAUUUUACUCAUGGUCAGUUUGUUUCAUAUGAACAAGUUUUGCCUGAUGAUCCUUUUGGAAUUGUAAUGCAGAAACAUUUCAAAAAGCUGAACUCACCACUAAACGCGAUACAGAAGUACACCAGUAAGCAAAAACACUGUGCCAGGUUUAUACAACAGGGUUGGGAUACAUCUUGUGCUAUUAACAUGUAUGAAUACUACACACAAAUCAUCUCAAAGGAUGAAAGGAUAAGAGUAGAACAGAUUGAGCUAUUUGAUGAGUUUGAGGAGUGGCAUUUGAAAUGUAUUCACUACAUACUAGUUGCUGCAUUCAAUGGUAGAUGUGGUGAAUACAGGAGAAAUCUCUUUCCAGAAUUGCCAUUAGCACCUUCAGUAGCAGAGCAUACCUUCGUAUCUGAUAUCAACCCAACAGUACUUGUGAAACCACACCCUCUACAGUCUACAUUAGAGGCUACCACCUGGUUGAGGCUGUUUUCACAUGCCAGUGUACUGAUUCCAGACACAAGUAAUAUUAUGAUCUCGGGAGGGUUCGGUGAUUCAGCAGGAUGUCAUAGAAGAUUGGACAAGGUUCACAUGGUUAAUAUUCAUCUUGGUAACGCCAUUGAGCUGCUCGCCACUCAAGGGUCUGAGAAGUUAGGACAGAGACUCCAUCACACCAUGACAGCCUUAAACUCUGGCCAAUUCCUCAUCUUUGGUGGUCGUACCUCUCCUUCUAAACCUUGUUCCACCCCUUACAUCCUUACUCUACAGAACACCCAUCAUCUACCAUCCUAUCAGCUACACACUGUACAGGGAGGAGGGGUGUCACCAUCCCCUAGGUGGAGGCAUACAGCUACCCCAUUGACUCUAGCUGGACGGGAGUUUGUUCUGGUGUAUGGUGGUAGGGGUGUAGAAGAGCACCCCUUAGGUGAUACUUGGCUCUUAGAUGUAGAGAAGAUAGCAUGGCAAAGGAUCCACUUUGAAGGAGGAUUCAUUGAUGCUAGACAUUCUCAUUCUGCCACACCUUGGGGUAACUCCUAUGUGGUAGUAACUGGUGGUAUAGGGUGUGAUACCACACCCCUACACUCUAUAGUAAUCCUCAAUGUAGAAACCAAGUCACAUACCAUCCAAGAAACCAUACCAUCAUUAAAACCAAGGUAUUCACAUACAGCUCACAUAAUAGAAGACCAGCUGUAUCUCCUGGGUGGGGUGCAACCAAUCACUGAUACCCCACCCUCACUAACCAUCAUCCAUCUUACUACAUGGGCUCUACUUGAAAUCAGAUUAGAGGUGUCUUCUCCAGAGUGUCCAUUGAUGCUUCACAACCAUACCAGUCAUUGGCUAUCUGACAGAGAGGGCGUCCUUGUCAUUGGAGGCGGAGGAAAUUGCUUCUCUUUUGGCACCCAUCUGAACCAAACUCCAGUAAUCAUUGAGGGCAUACUUCAAUAUAAGUCAACCAGGUAGCACACAGUAUGAUCCAAGGCGUGACUAAACUUCAGUAAUCAUUGAGGGCGCACUUCAGAAUAAGUCAACCAGGGAGCACUCUGUAUGAUCCAUGGCAUGACUAAACACCUUUCAUCAUUGAGGGCGCACUUCAGAAUAAGUCAACCAGGUACAUUGUAGCACACAGUAUGACCAUGGCAUACAAGGAAAAUGGAGGUUUAAACAAGUUUGUCAGGACGAUGAAACUGCAACGCAAAAGCAUCCAUUAUGAAUAACAAAUCACAGUUGUCUCGCUUUCUCUUGUGGAGCGUUGUGGCCCAGUGGAUAAGUCUUCUGACUUUGAAACAGAGGGUCGUGGGUUCGAAUCCCAGCCAUGGCGUAAUGUCCUUCAGCAAGAAAUUUAUCCACAUUGUGUUGCACUCGACCCAGGUGAGGUGAAUGGGUACCCGGCAGGAUUAAUUCCUUGAAUGCAUGAGCGCUGAGAGGCAGCUCGAGCUAAAGCCGGGGUAAUAAUAACAACGCGCCUCGGAAUAGAAUAUUUCUAGAUAGAUGGCGCUAUAUAAGUGCCUAUUAUUAUUGCUAACUUCAGCUUUACUAGAGCAGUUCAUUAGCACAUAACAGUUCUAUAGCUGAACGAAGGGUAGCUGGGUGUGAUGUGUCUCAUUUGACAAUCACAAUAUUGAUAUAGCUGUAUGUAUGUGUGUCUAGUAUGUUGGGGGUUUGUGAAACACUUCCUAGUUCUUGUCUGUAGAAUCAUUCCAAGGGAUCAGAUGGUUUAAUUGUAAUCAUACAAGAAGACCUCCAAUCUUCGGAUGGAGGAAUUAGAAUUUUUGCCAAUCAAAGAGCUCUUUCUUCUAUUUCCAAUUAUUCAAAAUAGUUUUACUACCGACUCUUUCAGAAAUGCUUUUCUCCUUAUUUUUUAUGAAAGUCAUUUCUAUUUUUCCAAUAAGAAAGGUUUGGAGGUCAUUACUAUUGGUUCCAUGACAUCUGCUCAGCUGUAAAUUCCACACAUUAAAGGAGAAUGAAACCUUUGGAACAAAUAGGCUUGUGUCGAAACAGAAAAAUCCAAGAAUAAGAACAAAGAAAGUGUAGUGAAAAGUGAAAAUGUAGAUUCUCAUAUUGGCAAUGCGACAAGGAUGUGUGAUGUCACAUGUGAACAACUUUCCCUUUGAUGGACUAUAAAAUACCCCCAAAAUGUCACUUUUUGCUUUUUCUUAUGGUGAUACAAACUCUUUAUCCAUGGCGUAUUUUUUUAAUCUGUAUUACAAGCCCUUCUAUAGAAAGAACACAUUAUCUGCUGAUAGAUGUGAAAAAAGAGGCAGUUUAAGUGAAAUAUAUACUAAAGUAAUGGGGAGAGUUGUUCACAAGUGACAUCACACAUCUUUGUGGCAUUGCCAAUGUGAGGAUAUCCAUAGCAUUCAAAUGCUCAUAACUAUCUCAUUAUUAUUCCGAUUUUUCUCAAACUUUCGUUGAUCUGUUUCUUUGAUUUGUCUGUUUUCACACAAGCUAUCUUGUUCCAAAGGUUUCAUUCUCCUUUAAUGUAAAGACCAAGUUCAACCCUGGACUAUGCCCUAUCAUAAACCUAAUAUAAAACCUUAUUGCAAUCCUAACCCCUAUAUCUUAGGUGUAAUAAAGCCCAGAGCAGUUAUCACUGUAGCAAAUAAUGUGUCACCAUAAUGAUAUUCUUAGUGUGAAGAGAGAUGAUGUCGCAUUAAAAUCAAUUAAUUAUUAUUUAUA